AUGAAGUGGCUCUACUUAUUCUCAGUUUUUAUUGUUAUUACAAUCAGUUGUAAUGCUCUGAUAUGUUCGGACGCUGAAAUAUCUUUUGUCGUAUCAUUGAAAAACUUUUCGUUGGAUGAAUUCAUCAGUUUGAUAAAUCUUCGUGUCUCUACGAAUGGUCACAAAAAAUGCCUUGUGGAUAUUCAAGUUAAUUAUGCACAAAAAAUCUUGAUUGUUUUAUUCGGCAGUGGCAUCAGUUCAAGUAGUCUUACUACGAAUAGACAAAUUUAUAUGGACACGUAUCUAGCAUUGGCUCAAGAUGACAUAUAUAUAAAAUCGCAUAAUGUUAUAAUAAAUCAUGUUCAAUUUGCAUGCAAUACAAAUGAUUGUAACCAUCAAUUUUUGCUUCGACAUCUCGAAUGGUUAGUGAAAAUGGAAUACAACGAUUUAGUAUCAAACAUAAGUCCGUUACUAAUUAAAAAAAAUGAAAUAAUAGAUAGAUGCGUAUCGGGUAAACAAAAUAAAAUUCAAUCGUGUCCAAAUGGCCUAUGUUAUUUGGAAUAUUCAAUGUCAACUGAUAAAACAAAAUACGAUUGUGAGAGUGGCUCAGAUAUGCAGCCUGCGCUUCAUCUUGUUACUUAUUUUACAGCUCAAGAUUAUAAAUAUCAAGAACGAAUGGCAAAAGUUAAUUUUACAAUCAGCUAUUGGUGUCGAUCAGAUGGAUGUAAUGAUGAAGCUAUGGCAAAACAAGUGAUAAGAGUUGUGGAAGAAAAUUAUAAUUUAUUUGAAAUGCAAGAUAUGCUUCAUACCGCCAACAUUGAAUACUGGAUCGAAGAAGAAUCAAAACUAGAUAAAUAA